ACAUCAUCCCUCUCUCGAGCAGAUCCUCCUCCGUGCUCUGUCGUGCCAUGGACCGCCGCCCGGACCGCCCAUUGGUCAUCAAAUGCACAUUCAAUGGGUCUACUAAACGUAUCACAUUUAACUCGGCAAGGAACUGUUCGUACGAUCUCUUGCGACAUAGGGUUGAACAAUGCUUCUCAUUAUACGCUGCGACAUACCUCAUUACAUAUAAAGACGACGACGGCGAGAUCACCGAUGUCACGACCGAUACCGACCUCACCGAAGCCAUCACGUACUUUCAGGCCGGCGCUGACGACGGGCCUCUAUCAUCCGCCGCCUCAAUACUCUCGGGUAGGAGUUUCGGAGGGAGGAAGAUCACGGUCCGGGUGGCGGUCACCGUCGACUACGAUGGGCCGAGUUUGUCUGAUACGUCGUCGGUGCUGAGCCUGGGGAUGGCGUCUGGAUCGGGCGCUGGGGAGGGGAACUCUUAUCAGCGGAAUGGCUAUGGUGCGGGAGGCAGAGAGAGUGAAUUCUCGUUCGGUGCGCAGUCGGAGUUGGAGCUAGAAGACGAUGCGGUCACGGUCAGCUCAAGGGACCCCGUCCCCCGCGCCCAGUAUCGAAUCAGGGAUGUUCGUUCCCAAGGCUCAUGGGAUGUGCUCUCCCGGGGGAGUGGUGGGUCGAGUCGUCUCCCCGCAAAGUCCUCGAAUCAUCACCAGUCCGAUGACACCGCCCGGGAUCCAUUCGCCGAUAAAAGCAAGCCCGGAUCGACGACGGCACAGGAUGAGUACAUUACGUCCGACCCUUCUGCUGUCUUCGAGCGUCUGAAGCUGCAAGAGCAAGACGACGAGGACGACUCAUCGAGCAUCCAGUCCGACUUGGUCAACGGCAAUGGCCGAGCGGCUGACCAUUUUCGCGGGAACGACCGCAAUGCAACAUGGCUACGCGACCAGAAUGACCGAGCGAUCCGAACGAUGCUGGGUGUGCUUCCCGAACCGUCCGUGUCGUCUGGUUCGUCUUCCGUGCCGGACAGUUGGCGGGCAGAAAGCGAAGAGGUCCGAGAGCAAGGGGCUCUUUUGGGUGGCGAGCUCGAGCUGGAACGCGAUGUGCGAGGAAGAUACUACUACUCGUACACAUCCUCCUCCUCGUCUGCGUCUCAGAGCCGGGACUCGGGAUAUUACGACGAGGCUCGUCUGAUGGAAGAUUCGCACCAGCUCAGACAACAGCCGAGUGUCAAUAACUGGCUCGAAGCUCAGGCGGUGCGACAGUCUCCCUCACCGGCGCCAUCAAUCAGCAAACCACCUCGAGAGGUUCACAACCCAGACUCUCCCAAUGACGUUCCGUACACAAAAGAAUCGAUUCCACCGGAACUGCUUCAAUUCUUGCCAGUCACGGCACUCCCUGCAGACAAGCUCACGGAUUGCUCAUCGUGUGGGGUGCUGCUUGACUCUAUCCGUUACGUGUGUACGAUUUGUGGGGAGAAGAAGCCCGUCAGCGAGCUGAACAAGGGGAAAGGCAAGAGCCCGCUUCCACAAUUGCAGCACCGGCCGCUCACGGAUCCCGACCCCCAUCUCCACCAUCAGCAUCCACCCAUCCAUCAUGCACACACAUAUCCCCCUCCGAUGGACUACUCGUAUCCGCCCCAACCCAGCAGCGAUCCACGCCCGACACCCAUUCGCAGCCUGGGCUCGUUGUCAUCGACCCGCUCGUCGUCUCUCAACGCGAGCAUGGAAUCGUUGCGAUCGCACAAGCCGCUCCCCAAACUCCCCGAUUCGCCGCCACACACCGAUGUCCCCAGCGCCUCCAGCUCGCAGGUGACGCUGGUCGCUCCAGAACACGGGUACGAGCUAUGCUCGGGAUGCAUCGAGCAUGCCGGAGUGACACAUGCCAUUGAGGCUGUGAGCGGAUCGGCGAUGAGUGGACCGCCAUCGGAGUGGCGUCGCCUGGCGCUGAAGAAGGGCCAGCUGAGACACGCGUUCCAUGAAAAGGCGUGGGGGCAUUUCGGAUGGGAAGACGUUGACCACGACGAGUCGCAAGUCUCCAAAUGCUCGACCUGUUCCGCUGUGACCACCCAUCAUCGAUACAAAUGUGCAUCAUGCAAGAACUUCCAUCUUUGUCGGGCUUGCUACACUCAAGUGCACGAUGUCCAUCCUUCGCAUGCGUUCAUCGUCAUACCAGAUGCGCCAAUCGUGUCUCCAAGCACAGAGGUAGACGAGUUCGAGAGCGUUCCCCCGGACAUAGUACCUCAAGGAGAACAAUCGAUGCUCCACCGUGGUGUCCGAUGUGCACAUUGCAUGUUGGAUAUUGUUGGUGCACGCUUCCAUUGUGCUAUCUGCGACUCGGUGGAUAUCUGCUCCAAUUGCGAGUCAGCCGGGUUGCCCGGUAACUUGGACUCCGCCGACGGGGGGCACAACUCGUCGCAUAUCUUGAUCAAGAUCCCGUAUCCGUUGGAAACCGAUGAGGUGCAGACGGCGAGUCGGCGGGCGAUUGACCUGUGGCAGGGCCGGGAUGCAGCAAAUGUUGGGCUUAUGCCCACAGCGAGUUCUGUGUACUCUUCCCAUGCUCGGACUGUGGUGGGAUCUGCGGUCUCGCGACAGCCUGUUGCCCAAGACAAUGACCAUCAUAUAGCGUGUCAUGGCUGUGGAAACAACAUCCUUGGCGUCCGCUACCAAUGCGGCAACUGUCCGUCGAUUCCGCAAGGUUACAGCUUGUGUGAGAAUUGCGAGCCCAACUCGUAUUCGAUCCACGACCCCGCGCACAUAUUCUUCAAGUUUCCGCGGCCCGUUCAAACGCCGCUGGCGUCUCCGCAAGGAUAUCUGCCGAAUCUCUACAAACGAGGCCCAGGUCCGGCACCAGGGACCGACGCUCGUGCAUACUUGAUGAAUCUCAAGCACACGACGGCUGUUUGUGACAGAUGCAUGUCCUCGAUCCAGGGUGUUUGGUUCCGCUGUGCGUAUUGCGGGAAGGAUUUGUGCGACGCAUGCGAAGCCGUGGACACCCAUAAUGACGCGCACUGCUUCAUGAUGUUCAAGAGUCCGGUUGAUGUCCCUGCCCUCAAGGCUUUCACGCCUACUGAAAAUCCCCUCCCGAUCAUCCCGUAUGCCAUCUAUCGAUAGUUAUCUGCACGUGUACGCUGUAUAAUAGCACACCGUAAUCGUAUAUCUCACUUGCCGUGCAGCUCCUUGUUCUUGACGGGUCUCAAAGGCGAAAUAGGGGGAAACGCAAUCACUCGUGGGCCAGGACGUGGAUCAUGAUCGGUGGCGGUGCAUAUGUCAAAGUCUGCUUCCGUCCCUUUGGGCUUCGUUAGAGGCCGCUUGCAGUAGCGACCCGGAUCCUGCCUACCGCUGUUACGAAUCGGCGGGACUUUCUCGCAGGUAUUCCGAGUUGGUCGUUUGACUCUAGGCCCCUGGGUCAUACUUACUGCUGAGUGCUGGAAUCAUGCUGCAGGCUCCAUCAACAACUGUUGCCAAGUCUGGUGCCUUUGCGGCUAAUCAUCUCGCCAUUCACACAAUGAUUCUCAAUCUAUUCCUGUGUUUCGUGCGGGGCGUUGCGUGUUUCAUCAGGUCUAAUGCAGCUCGUCGGCGCUGGUGCGGACUCGAGUCGGAAGUCCCAAGUCCCGGGCAUGCUGGGGAUCCGGGAGGUCCAUCGUACUCAAGGUCGCGAUACGGCUUGCAAGAUUGCAAACCCCAGUAGAGGUCUUGCUGGCCCUCUGGGUGCGUUCAGACAGAAGGGGCGUCGCCAGUCCGAUACUCAUCGCACCUGUUUCACGAAUUCCCGAUGGCGCAUCAGAGAGCAUCAGAUGUGGGUGACGUAUAUUGCGAGGCCUGAUGCAUAAAAGCAAGAGACCAUACGCGGUAGAUCUUCAUUCUUCUUCCUUUCCCUUCCGCUUGGUCGGCCUUUUCUCCAUUCUUUUCUCUCUUACACCCUUUUACUUUAUACAUCUUCUUCACGUUCGGUUGAUCCAGACACGUCAUGAAAGUCCCAUUCACUCUCCUCCUCACCUUUAUCCUCUCGCUCCAAGCGAUCGCCGCUCCGGUUCCCGUUGAUGAGAAUGGGUUGGAGACGCUCGAAAACAUCGAUGCUCGCAAGGUCAAGGCUGCAAAGCCCAUUGCCAAACCCAAGGCCAAACCGGUGGCGAGACCUGUAGCCAAACCCGUUGCUAAACCAGUAGCAAAGCCUGUCGCGAAACCAGUCGCGAAACCGGCUGCUAAACCAGUGGCGAAGCCUGUAGCCAAACCAGUGGCCAAACCAGUCGCGAAGCCGGUGGCCAAACCAGUUGCGAAGCCCGCCGCAAAACCGGUGGCCAAACCCGCCGCGAAGCCUGCUGCAAAGCCAGUGGCCAAACCUGCUGCAAAGCCAGUGGCCAAACCUGCUGCAAAGCCAGUCGCGAAGCCGGCCAAGAACAGACUCCCGCCUGCGACGAAGCCCGCCGCAAAGCCUGUCGCAAAGCCUGUCACGAAACCGGCUGCAAAGCCUGUCGCAAAGCCUGCCGCGAAGCCCGUGGCGAAGAAACCCGCCGCCCCGGCCAAGGCUCCCGCGAAGAAGCCCGCCGCCGCUCCCGCCAAGAAGCCUACUACCGCUAAACCUCCUGCGAAAGCACCCGCCAAGAAGCCCACGACGUCCUCCAAAGCACCUGUGACAAAGCCGUCCGCGGCUGCGAAGAAGCCUCUCUGCUCUGCUGCUCAGGUCGAGGCGCGUGAAUUCAUCGAUGUCGAGGAACGUGAGAUGGAAGAGCUCGUUGCCCGUGUCGGGCUCCGACACCCGUCCGGCCAGAGCACGGUCAACUUGUUCCACGGCGCUAGCGCUUCAAACGCCGCGAGCUUGGCUGCAGGGCACGUCGAUCUCUCGGUCACUCGCGGCACCGGAGACUUCAACCAUCGUCCUGAGGUCGCUGGUGGCUUCUACAUGACUGACAGUCUCGUCGCUGCCGCGCAGUUUGCUUGUUUCGGUAUUCCCGGCCAGCGUCCCGCCCAGGUCGACGUUCUAGAGUACAAAUGGACCGGGGGCAGUGCUCAAGUCUUCAACUUCCCCGGUGAGACAGCGGAUUGGUUGGCCUUCCAACAGUACAAUGCAAACCCGAAUGCUGUCGAGAACACGGCCAGCCCCUUCCACGCCAAAGCCCUCCAGAUCUACCAGAACGACAUGAUUGUCGGCCCGCUCAACGGCCCUGUCGACGUCCUCUUGACAAACAGCUUCCAGCAAUAUGCGGUCGUGAAACAACCCGCGGCCGACGCCCAUCUCCAGCUCGUCUCGCGUCACAGAAACAUCAUCUGCAGGAACGUUCCCACUGGACAAGAGCUGACAAAUGGGUUGUACGCCCAGGGACAGGCUGGAAAUGCCAAAUUCAACACCCGCCUGGCCAAGCUGACCGACCCCAACUUCCAGCCCGGAGGAGGAAAGUGUGUGAUCCAGUAAGGAGAGGUUCGAGAAGAGAUUCUUUACGUGCUGUUGUCGUCGAUGUGAAUUUAUGUAGCUUUAUC